CGGAUUUAUACGCGCCAUCUAGGAUUAGAUCCAAAAUUGUUCUGAAAGUUUCGGUAGAGAAAUUAGUGCUUUCAGCACAACUUAUUACACAAUGAAUCCAAAUUUUCAAGAUAUAGGAACAGCUUUUGUGACCGCCUACUACCAGGCUUUUGACAGUUGUGGAAAUAGUGAGGAAAGGGCCGCUAAACUGUCACAGUUUUAUCAUCCUGAAGCUUUAAUGAUAUUUGAAGAUGAUCAAAAACAAGGCAAAGAAGCAAUUUGUGAAAAAAUUAAGAGCUUACCUUUCCAACAAGUACAACAUGUGAUAACCAAAACAGACUGUCAACCAACUUUGGAUGGAGGAGUUUUAAUUAUGAUCUUAGGCCAAUUACAGGCAGAUCAAGACAAACCAUUAGGAUUUUCUCAUGUCUUUCAACUUCGUCCUGAGGCUGGGGGAGCGUUUUUCAUUAUGCAUGAAAUCUUCAGGCUAGCAGUCUACAAUUUUGCAACGUAAAAAAUUCUAAAUAGAUAUGAAUGAAGAUUCCCAAGGCAUGUGUAAAAAAGUAUAAAUGAAAUUGCAAGAAGUAUGUAUUUUUUUCUGUCAGUGGCCAUUGUUGUUAACAGGUGUGUUUAUGCUGCCUUCUAUUCACCUGCAUUUAUUAAUGGAAGAGCUCCACUUUUAUGUGGAUCUUUUUUUGUUUUUGAGUGUAUAUUCUUUUUUAAUGCUUUUUUUUGCCUGAAAAAAUAAAAUAACUCACAGUUAAAAUGAAUCAGAUGAUUGUAUUAAAAAAUGAAGUGAAGUAUGUUACAUGUACAUAAUUUGCUAAUUACUGUUCUAUCUCUGCAUUUGAUUAUUAUUUAAUAUUAAAAUGAGACAAUGCAAAACAAAAGUAAAUGAUCUACUUGUAUCUAAACAAUUUUGUAAGGAAACUUUUACACACAAAUGUUUCUCAACCCUAAUCAUUAUUAAACUUUCAAUGAAUUGAAAUUGUUUUGUUUUGAAGGAUUUUUGUGUGGAAUUUUUACCUACUUUAGAGAUUGAUGUUAUGAACUUUUCUAUGUAAGAGCUACCAGUUACAAUGAUCAAACAUUAAUGGUUGUUCUUCCGUGAAUUAGUGCUCCAGGUGCAAGAAAUUUGGUGCAGUUUGAAACAUUUAGAUGGUGCAAAUACAAUGCCAUUUUAAGUAUAGAAUAUUUUCAAUAUUUUAUAAAUACAUGUGUACUGUUCAGUGUUAAAGUAAGCCAUAAGACCAAGAGCAUGUAAAAUGUAGUUGAACUUCAAUAUCUCAAACAUUGAUUUAGAAGGAUUUUAUUUAAGGUAGAGAUAACAGAUUGAUAGGUUGUCAACAAAUAAAACUUCCUACCCAUUGAAUAUUUUCUGAAUUUUUUUUAUAUGUGUUGAGUCCUUGUUCCAAAUCAUAUCAAAAAUUCAAGAUAGGUCGUUUUCUUUUUGUAUUUUAACCUCUUUAUAUUGAACCUUCCAAUUUUUGGUUCCACUGAGGUUUGACUGUAUUGGAAGAGAAGGUAAUGCUUAUUAGAUUCGCCUUUUACUUGUACAUGUACAUGUAGCAUGUUUUGUUGAAAUUGAAGGAAGAACCAACUUUACAACUCGAUGACUUACUAGGAGCAUAAUGCAUAACUUUCUUUUGAGCCAAAAAAUCUGAUGUUUUAUUUACCAGUAUGUAAAUUUUUCAGAAAAUUGAUAGGACACUAUUAUAAAAAUGAAAUAAUAAUGAACUGUUAUUCAGGUGGAUUAGUGUAUCAAUUGAUUAUUUUAGUGUUGUCAAUACAAUGUAUAAAAGCAGGUAAACUCAUUACGAUAAUUCAAGAUGAGGUAGUUGGUUUUUUUCUUUGAUUAUGCACUCAGUAAGUUAGCUUGGAAAAUUUUAGGUUAAGAAUUCAAGAAGUUGGUAAAACAAAAUGGGUUGUAUACUUACUUGGUAUGUAUGUUUGAUGAUUCUGUAAUCUAUUCACCAUAAACACAAUAAAUGGGUUGAUUUUAAUGUUUUGAACAUUUUAAUCCAAUGGAUGUUGACAUGAAUUCUUCAGUUAAACUCAGCUAUUUUUAUAGUAAUUUGGUUGUGUAAGGAAAUCUUUUAAGCUCUUGAGAUGAACUUGAAAAAUUAUAGGUUAAUUUUUUUGUUUAAGUAUUCUUUUGCUUCAUAUAACUGACAUAUAAAAACAUAAUGUAUAAAAUGCUUUCAAAAUUUAUAAAAAUACAUGUAUUUGUUUGUGUAGAAUAUGUAGGCUUUCAGUUUGUAAACACAAUAUUGUUGAAAUCCUGUACUCGUAUGUCCUUACUGCACCACUGAAAUCAAUAAAAUUCCUAAUAAAAUCA